AUGUGGGCUUGGCGCACUCGAAUUCCGCUUAUUGGCAUGCCGUGGCCAUAUGCGGUCGCUGUGUUCUGGGGACGAAGGAGGAUGCAGUCAAGAAUAGCAGCUGCUGGAGAGAUGUUGGGGAAUCAGGUUCACAGGUCGUACUUGCCUCUCACAGCCUACAGAACAGAGUCGCCGUCCUUUGUUGAAUUGCGGCGACGCGAACGAGCGGAACUCAACUUGCUCAUUCUCAAGACGCCAUGUGGGUCUCGUCUCGGCAGCACGAAUCGCGUAUUACGUGCCAAUAGAAGGGUUGCGCAGCUGGCUCUUGGUAGGAAGUAG